CCAGAUCCAGGUAAAAAACAAAAGUGUGUUGGCAACCCUGAGUAGAGGCAGAGGUCGCCGUGUGGUGUUGGCAGCACUGCGGGAUGUAAACAGACCGAGAAGUGUCAAGUCAAGACUCCGAGGGUUAUCAUCAUCAUCAUCAUGGCAGUGGCCUCGAGUGUGCCCAAGAUACCAGACUAUAUAUUCGCUGAGAAAAUAGGCGCAGGGAACUAUGCAGACGUGUACAAGGCCUAUAAGAAGGGCAAGGUGAGGGAGGUGGUGGCCGUCAAGUGCGUCCUGCAGUCCUCGCUCUCCAGGUCCGCUCUCAACAACCUGGAGUCCGAGAUAAAGAUUCUGAAGAAGCUGAAACACGAGCACAUUGUUCAGAUGCUGGACUUUGUUUGGGACGACAAGUACAUCUACAUCAUCAUGGAGUAUUGCAGUGGGGGGGACCUGUCAACCUUCGUCAAGUCCAAGCAGAGGCUCUCAGAAAACGUGUGUCAGAGGUUCCUGCAGCAGCUCGCAUCAGCCCUCCAGUAUAUGAGGGAACAGAAUGUCAGCCACCUGGACCUCAAGCCCUCAAACAUUUUACUAAAGUCUAGAAAAAGCCAGGUGCUUAAGAUUGGUGAUUUUGGCCUUGCCCAGCACAUGCCAGAAGAAGACACAAAUAGUACUGUCAAGGGCAGUCCUCUCUACAUGGCUCCGGAGAUUGUCCUGAAGCGGCAGUAUGAUGCCAAAGUGGACCUGUGGUCAGUGGGCGUCAUCUUGCAGUGUCUCUUCGGCAAGGCCCCAUACUCCUCCAAGACGAUGGACGAACUCAUAGAGAAGAUUAAGAGCGACAAGCCUAUAGAGGUUCCAUAUGGGACCAACAUAUCACCAGAGUGCAGAGACCUGCUAUUGAGGUGUUUAGAGAGGGAUGUUAGCAAGAGAAUAGACUUUGAGGCAUUCUUUUCUCACCCAUUCGUUGAUCUAGAGCACAAGCCAGGCCCGGACAGCAUGAACAAGGCAACGGAACUACUUACUGCGGCUGUGAACUUCGAUGAGUGUCGAGAAUAUGAACAGGCUUUCAAGAAUUACUGUCAAGCACUCCAGUACCUGACUCCGUUGCUGCACAGUGAAAGUGAUGCCAGUAAGCGAGUGGUCUUAAGGCGGAAGAUCACCGAGUACUUGGGCAGGACUGAAGAGUUAAAGAAAGUUGUUAGCAGUGACAGUGAUGUUGUCAAGAAUCUGAGGAUUCCAAGCAUUCCAAACCUUCCUAAACAAGAAUCUUUGAAGUUCAGUGAGUACAAAGGUAACCGUGAAGAGCUACUCAGGCUGACGACAACAACUCCCCAGAUACAAACAGCAAUAGAGAUUGGUGCCUCAGGUGAACUGUAUGCCAGAGAAGGUAAUUAUAGCAUAGCUUUUGACAAAUACCAACUUGCACUUGGGAAACUUUUGGAAUUAUUACAGAAUGAACCAAAAGGACGCAGGAAAGACCUCUUACGAGAGGAGGUGACAAGAUGGAUGACACAGGCAGAGUACUUGAAGGAGCUGCUAAACAGUUCCCCAGCACAGGAGAGCGAGAUAGCUGAGCCCUUUGCAAGUGCUGAUGAAAAAAAUUGUGUUCUCCAGUAAACAGUGUUAUUGCAGAGCCCAAAUUACAGAGUUGAUUUUCUUGUGAUUCAUUUGUUUUAUGAAAACAUUUUCAGUCAGUCUCUUUUAACCCGUAAAGCGUCAGAAACGUAAGAGAUACGUCAGCCACUCUCAGGCAUUCAAGCAUCAGAGACGUAAGAGAUACGUCGACCUCCUCCCAUCCUUUUUCUAAUAAAUAACAUCCCCAAAACGUCUCCAUAUACUGCUCUCAUGCAUUAUACGCACUAUAUAUGCUGCCCCCUUGACCCUGCUAACAUGAGUAUUGUCUUUUUUCUCCUUUUAUUAGUUUUCAAUUUUGUAGCAGUUUCUGCUCCAUUAUUUUUGUGGUAGCUGCCUUAUGGCGCUUCGACCCCGCUAAUGUGAACACAGUCUAAUUUCCAUUAAUUACUCUCCCCAUUUCCUGUGUUUUUUGGUAAGUGUUGUGUUGUGGUUGUGAGACCUUGUACGAUAUGAAUUAUGAUAUGCCUUUCAUUUUGUCGUAUGGGAAACAAGUACAUAUUAUUUGAAAAAUAUUCACAUUCUGAAAGGCAACACUCAAACGGAGUAUCCGGUGAUUGCCAUUGAUUUGAUUUUUAGACACAAACACACACUCUCUCUCUCUCUCUCUCUCUCUCUCUCUCUCUCUCUCUCUCUCUCUCUCUCUCUCUCUCUCUCUCUCUCAUUCUCAUUCUCACACACACACACACACACACACACACACACAUUAUCCACCCAGACAGAUGCAGAAAAGGAAAAACAAUUACGGAAAACCAAUCACACGAGAGGUUUUUUCGUGACUAUAAUUUCUUAAAGCUAAAGUAUGACAUGUAUUUUUCCUCUCAACACAGUAACGAUGUUAUGCAUGCCCCCAACUCAUUGCUCCAAGUGUGAGAAAAAGAGGAAACGAAAAAACUAUAAACAUAUGGUUUUGCUAAGCCACUAACUCUAGCGCGGAAUAUCUUGUGAGGCAUAAUACCACUUCCAGUCAGUUCUGGGUGCAAUGACUGUCAUUUUCAUUCUUUCCACAUCAUUUAAGACUGGUUUCGCCAAGAAAAUAAUCCAAGAUGUGGCUGGCACACGCGUAACCACAAGGUGUCGUAUUUGCCAACGCUUUACGGGUUAACUGUAUCAUGAAAAGUUUGCAUCAUAGUUGCAAGCAUGAUGAAAAAUUAACUACUUCCAUUUCCCAGGUAGCUUGGAGGUGUGUCUUGUGCCAUACAUUGUCUGGAGAACUGUUACAAAGGACAAUUUUAGUUUUUGUUUCAUGAAAUUUAGUUUUACAAACUAAUAACUUACUACUGGCAAGAUGUACUUUUAUAUAAAAUGCUUAUUACAAUGGGUCGUUGGAUAAAAAUGGAAACAUGGAAACGCAGGCAACAGAAAUCCUAUUGGCUCAUUACGAGGUUGCCCACUCUGCUUGACAGUCACUUUGUGCCUGCAGAGUAAAUGGAAGCACUUUAGUAUUCAGUUUACUUGUGACGCAGCAAAAUAACAGUCAAUUCAAUUUUUAAUAAUUUGGCAAAACAUGUCAACAUUAUUUAUCAACAAGGUGUGGAUAAUAAAAGCAUUUAUAAGAGACUUAUAAUAAUAAUAUCUGGAAGAUGAAGCAUUUAGUGAUGUGAGGCAUGCAAAUGUUGCUGUGGAGAUGGCGUUGUGCAUGUUCACCAGUCACCAGUGAAAUGUCAGUGCAUGACUCAUUCACUUGUGGCAGCACCGAGCCCAUCACCCUGCCGUGUCUCCCAAGCUUUCCCGACACUCGCCACCCGCCUCUUAGCCUCAUGUCCAUUACCAGAACAGAUAAGAGAACCUUGAUUUACCUCUCCAGUCACUGAAUUAGUCUGCCAGCCCACCCAGGGAGAGACUCAACACCUCCACUGCUGUGUUCAUAGCUGCAAAGCUCGUCCAUUAAUGCUAGACACAGUAUAAUGUUUGUCUCCCAGCACAUGCAUACAACACCAUUUUCACAGCAUUAUUUGCUAGCCUCGAGUCAGGAGCCACUUCAUCUGUUGGAUUAUACCAUUACGUGCCUCUUGUAAAUGCUUUACUUACCCACAUCUUGUUGAUAAAUAUUAUUAACAAAAAUAGGGCAAGGUCUGGAACAGGCUUUGCCAAAUUAUCUUCCUUAUCCAACACUUUGUUAAAAGUUAUUCUUGAAAAACGAUACAACACAGACUAUGAAAUCCAUAAUAAAUAUAAUUUUUAUUUGGAAAAGAAUACAGUACUACAUUAUAAAAUAUCCACCAGUAAAAUCAUCAUCUCUUCUUGUAACACUUUAAUUCAUCAUCACUCUGUCAUCAUAUCAUCAUUCAGCUUAUUGUUUUAUUGACACAGGGUGGGGAGUCUGACAUAAUUUAGGUAAUAAAUAGUUAAUAGAUAAAAGAAGAGAAAGCACUCACCAGUGAAGGAAAGAGCACUCAGUGAAUUUGGCUUUACUGUUGUCCAACACUCCGGUCCCAGGUGAAAAUUCCUGCUACUCCUUGGUCAUCAGAGAAUCACAUUCCUUGUAAUACUGGUGUUGGCCUUUCCCUUUGGCAAUACCAAGGAUGGAUGUAUAGUAGAAAAGUUUUUAAUUGUAUGAAAAGUGCUGUGAAUAUAGAUUAAAUCCUAGCUUAUUUGUGUACACACUAGGGAUAAUCAUGUGUGGUGUCACACACACCAUGUUGCCAAGAGCUCAUUUCCUGUCCCAUUUUUUUACACAACUAGUGAGAGUCUGGUAGGAGACAUUUCUUGAGAGUGACAUAAGCCAUUGGUCAUGGAACUCUGUAGCUGUUUUACGGAUAUAUUGAAAAGGUUUAUCAGUAAAGACCUCUAGGAUCAUCAUAAUGGCAAAAGAAAAUUUGUUUGGGUAUGCAUGAUAAAAUACAGUAUUAUAGAUUAUAAUCAUUGGUAUGUAGCCUGCUUUAGCCUGGCUAAUCUGGCUGUUGUGUGGACAGACAUUCACUCAGCAUCACCACCUGCACUCUAAUCCAUUCACACCAUGUGGGUGAUCACCUCUAGUGUGUAUACCUCUUAAGCAGUGGUUCCCAAAUUUUUUUUUGUCCCGUUCCCACUUUUCCAGUCACUUUUUCACAUGUGGACCCCUACAACGAAAAAGGUUAAGCCAGCAAAAUUAAUAGAAGAUUUUUCUGCUAAAAAUUAAUACAUUCAUGUAAAAUGCCUUCCAUUAUUAUGGUGAUUAAUCUGUUGGCCUAUUUAUAUGAAAGCAAAAGACAUUGCGUUCAGCAAACUAUGGACCCCUGGUUGGGAACCACUGCUCUUAAGGGUGUAAGACUGUUACCUCAAGGCCAGGCAGCCUUGUGUUGUAAGGCUGUUGACAUGUACAGAAGGGUUGCAUGGUCUUUGUUGCCUAGUCUUGGGACUACUCAUUCCCUCUUAAUCUAAGGUUUUUACUGUUUAACCCUUAAAGUGCGGGUGUCGACAACAGUCGACAGUUGGCACCUGAGCUCAAACCGCGGGUAUCGACAAUAGUCGACAAGGGAUUUCUUGAAUUAGCGUGCUGUCAAAUUGAAUUUGUUUAUGUUGAAGUAGGGUUAGCAUGUCAUUUUCUUUCAAACAAUACCCAGCCAUGCUCCCUUGACUAAUUAUUGGUCAGUGUAUGCCUCGUGUUAGCUUUGAGAAGAUGUUCGCUAGACAUCCACCUCUUCUCACCUUCCAGUGGAUUUCAUCAACAAGAUGGGGGCCCUUCGACCUCAACACCCAUCAAGAGCAUCAGGAAGGCUCGGAAGUUAAUUUUUUGGGGGGGUUUCACAUAAACUGUAUAAAAGUUAUGCUUUAUAUUAUUAAAUCAUUGAAGGGAAGUCCACUUGGGGUGCAAAACUGUCUAUAAUAAUGUGCUUUCAGUGACCCUAAUUCAAUAUUCCGUACUUGCUCUACCAAUGGUCAUAUAGUUUUCAACUUAACAUCAGAGGACAGGUAAGGGUAUGUACUUUACAAUGAUGCUUCAUUGAGUCACAUGAGUUAAGUAAGAGUGAAGGUAUGAAAGGUUGAAGUGAAUUAUGUUUUUUCCUGAAUAUGCCCGUGUGGGAGGAGGACAGCAGCAAAAACAAGCCCGCGCUUUAAGGGUUAAAGAAUGAGCUAGUAGUAAUUUUGUUUUGUCUCCUAUAAACAUCAUUGAUUUAGCUACUUACUGUAUAGUACGUAAAGUUAAUUCAUAGAAAUAUGCCUGUCUGUGCCUUCUUGAGUGUCUUAGUCUGCUUGUACAGGAAUCACCAAUGUACUUUAAUUAAAUGGUAAUAUAUAAAUUGAAUUAGUGUAUGAAAAAUCAGAUAGUAGUUAGCAAUAUAUGAUACUGGCACUUGCUCUGGCUAUGGAUGUAUUAUGGCAAUAUGACAGCUAUAUACAGGGAAUGUAAGAAAAAUGUAUUUCCUGAAAGUGUACAUUAAGUUCCAAAUUAAUUUCAUGUAAUGAAAGUACUUUGUAUAUUAUAUUAACACUACAGAUUUCAGCCUUCUUAAAUGAAUUUUAUUAUCACAUAUACUUAGUUUUAUGUAAUUUCAUACCACAGGUCAUUGAUCAUGUUUGCUAUGGAAGACAGGGAUGAUGUCAAGUGCAGUUGCACAACAAACCUUUUCAAUACAGUACAGCAAAGUCUCAGUACAGGUAAAGGGGGCCUUGAAGCACUCUUGUGGCUACCUCCAUGCAUACCCAAAGCAGUGUUCUAUGAGUUAGUCAUAUGUUCAGAAACAAUAUUAUGCCCCAAAUUUUAUUGAUCAGUCUUGAUCAGCAGACAAACAUAACACUGAAUGAACAAUGGACUGCAAGGACAAAGCGUAAUUUAAGAGUCAAAGGCUCUUGACCUGCUAUGGGCCCCCUCCUUUUUUUUUUUUUUUUUUUUUUUUUUAUAAGUGUUUUUUGAUGGGGGUUUUGAGCCCUCAUUUCAUUCUUUAUUCUUGAAAAAUACAGCUCCUGUUAUUCAUAUUUUGGUUCCCAUUCAUUGGUAACUCACAAGUAACUCCCUCAUUCUCUCCCUGUUAGGUACACCAAUGAUAAACUGUAAGGAUUUACUUUUGGCGUAUGUAGCAGGCUCCUCACACAACACUUAAUAGUGUAAAUCAAGGCUAUUUGUCCAGCUGUCCUAAAAUAUGAAGCAUAAAAAUCGUUGUCAGAAAUGGUACUCCUACUGCACAUGCACUGGAAUUGGUUCCAAUUCUUAUGCUAAAGCUGUGAUACACACCCCUACUUUUUCUUAAUAAAAUUUGCAGAGUAAGUAAUUAACUUCAGUCUGCUCUAUUCAUCAA